AUGCCGCCCGAAAACUGGUCGACAUUGAAUUCGGAUACAAUAAGCAUUGAAAUUGUUUCAUUAUUAUCAAAUGGACUGCUAAUGUAUUUGGUUUUAACAAAAUCACCAUCUCAAAUGGGAUCUUACAAAUGGUUAAUGCUUUAUACGUCACUCUUCGAACUAGUUUAUACCAUCGUUAACAUGUUUGAUUGUCCGGUAAGUCGAUCAGAACAUUUUUCGAGUAAUAUUUAAAAAAAAGAAACUUACAACUUAUGGAUCUACACUUCUUGUAUUCCACGAUUUAAACAAUUCUUGGUUUGGGCACAGUGUUACUACUUUUUUAAUUUGUAAGUACCGUAGUUUCGAUUUGUAAAUGGUAAUAUUAUAAUUAAACUCCGACAAUAAAUUAGAGGAUUAAAUACUCAAAAUUCUCAAAACUCAAAAUUCAAAAAAAAAAGAUUAAUGUAUAUCUUCAAAAUUUAUCAACAAAUUUAAAAAAGGUUUUCAAAAAAACAACUUUUUUCAUUGGUCUACUGCUCCUGCUUUGGAUCUUCCAUGUCAAUAUUUGUGUGUCACUUUGCAUACAGAUACGGAGCAAUGAACAGGUUACAACAAUUUAAAAAUUUAAAAAUUUACAAAUAAUUUAGCGUAUUUUAUGAAACAUACUUAUCCGGUUACAAACAAGUUGUUCUCUACAUCGCUCCAAUCAUUUCUGGAUUUAUUUGGGGAUUAGCCACGUAUGCAUUUAUGCACGAAUCGGAUACCAAGUCAGAUUUAAUGAGGUGAUUGAUUAAUUUAUAAUAUAAUCAAUUUUGAAUUUUAUUUUCAGAGAGCAGAUUAAAGCGUCUUUCAAUUUAAGCAUUGAAGAAUGUGCAUACGUAUCUUAUAAUUUCUGGGUUCCGGACAAAAACCACACAAUGAUUUUAGAUCUUGAAUCACUUGAAGGUGUUGUUAUCAUGAUUGCAAUUGUUGUACGUAUAUCAGAAAUUAAAUUAAAUUUUAAUUUUUUAUUUAUCAAUUCAGGGAGUCUCAUUUGUUGGUGUUUUCUAUUUUGGAUUUCAAUGUUAUUCCUGGAUAUUUUCAAAACUUGAAAUUCUUGACUUACAAUCACAAGCAGCAAAAUCUCUUCAAGUACAACUCUUUUCAGUUUUGAUACUUCAAACUGCAAUUCCAUGCGUGUUAAUGUAUAUUCCCGCUGCCAUUAUUCUCGGAUUUCCAAUGUUUAACAUUCCUAUUAAAUUCAAAAAUCAUUUUGGAAGAAUAACCAUUGCCUGUUACCCGGCAAUUGAUCCAGUUCCGGCAAUUAUUUUUAUAAAAAAUUUUAGAAAGGGAUGUAUUGAGCUGCUCACGUGUAAAAAACAGAGUAAUCAAGUUGCUAUCAGUCACUUAAUUAAUUAA